GAAAACCGGAGAAAAUACGGUAGUGGUUUAUUGUUUUGGUCGCGGCUAACAAUUAUGCACACUGCGAGGUAGCAUUGCAUGGAAAUGAUCGCACACUGAUUACGAUGAAGUAACAAGUGAUGAGUGCGCAGACAAAAAAAAAUAUUACACUAAAGGCGGACCUAAAGACGACGAAUCAAUGAGCUGACCGUGGUUGCGUGAAGCAUCGCUACUGACAGGAAAGUCUAUUGUCUGUGGUGUUACGACGGUAUAAGUGGAAUUAGUUUUAUUGGCUUGCUGAUGAACUACUCACUAAAGUUACGCUAAGUCUUCGGAGUGGCGAUUCUCCACUCCCGCAUAUGUCGGUGUUGUCUCUCAUCCAGUUGCGGUUCACCGACUCUAUAGCUGCUAUUGUGCUGAUGCCUGAGCCGAGCCUCGUUUGGCCUGACCAAAACAGAAACUAAAGCCAAAACAAACUCAAUUUCGUACCAAGGUAACCGUUCCACCGACCGACCGUAAGCAAACGAAAGUGAAACAGUGAAGACGAGUUUAGUCGCCCUGCCCCUGCCCGGAGAGUAGUGCUGACUUUAGUGGCCCCCUUAUUCGCCCGUUUUGUGGACCGCCGUGGAGUAGCAGGGUGCAGGACCGGUGAAGUGUUUGCUCUAGACAGCAUCAGUGGCGACGGCCGGAUAGGUAUUACUUAAUCGAAGCAGGUAUCCGAGCUGUCGCAAACGGAUACUUCGAGUGAUGAUGAUUUGGCCGAAUUGCACUUCCGAGAUAGUGGUUUUCAAGUGAAUGUUGUCUUGCAUAUUUUCGCUAUCGUAGUGCAUUGUGAGACGGGAAAAUAGCAAAACAAGUUUGAUUUGAUUUCCUUACGAGCUUCGGAGUCACUUUGAGAUGCAACUUCCCGACGCAGCCAAAGUAUUCUCUUCACCGGUGAUAAUCGGUGUAAUCUGUGUCGCUCUCCGACUGCUGGUCGAACCAAUCGAAGCCCAGCAAGAUGCCAGCAACGUGUUCAACACCUCCUCCUGCCUGGAAAAACCGUACCGCUGUCCACAUCCGAAAAUCAAGUUUUAUCUCUACACCCGACGAACCCAGCAAGCACCCGAGCUAAUCGAUGUGUUGAACAAAGAGUCCCUCUUCCAAACUCACUGGAACCCAAAACACCCGGUAAAAAUAGUGAUCCAUGGAUUCGGAGGUGGUCGAAAUCUAUCUCCCAGUCCGGAUAUGCGAAAGGCGUACUUCAUUCGAGGGAACUACAACAUAAUCAUCGUCGACUAUGGAUCGGCCGUGACGGAGCCCUGCCUAAGCCAAAUCGAAUGGGCUCCUCGCUUCGGUAGUUUGUGUGUUUCUCAGCUGGUCAAAUACAUUGCGUCACAUCCGCGAGGCGUUCCGCCGGACCGGAUGCAUUUGAUUGGAUACAGCGUAGGAGCACACAUUGCCGGACUGGUAGCGAACUAUCUUACCCCGGAGGAAGGGAAAUUAGGACGCAUUACUGGACUGGAUCCGACGAUAUUCUUCUACGCCGGUACAAACAACUCGAGGGAUUUGGAUACGAGUGAUGCCCAUUUUGUGGACAUUAUUCACACCGGGGCCGGAAUUCUCGGGCAGUGGAGCGCUAGCGGACAUGCGGACUUCUACAUGAACGGUGGCACCAGCCAGCCAGGUUGUGCAAGUAGUACAAUAUUUCAAACUCUUGCUUGCGAUCACACGAAAGUGACACCAUACUUCAUCGAGUCAAUCAACAGUGAAAAAGGUUUUUGGGCUGGUCCAUGUUCAACGCUGGUAUCCUACCUGCUCGGCUGGUGCGAACCAAAGGAUUCGGACUACGUUCUGAUGGGAGAACACGUUCCUCAAACGGCUCGUGGAGUUUAUUACGUUACUACGAAUGCGAAACCACCGUACGCCCGAGGAUUCCCGGGUAAAAACCGCCGGACAGCCAAGAACUCCGAAUAUGGCGGAGUUCGACGCAGAUAACAGCGCGUUCUGCCAUCGCAAUAUCAAAAUCGAGUGAAAGCAAAAUGGUUGUGAUAAAAUUAACAAGUCUAGACAUAUUUUUAAGAAAAGCGAUAUUCAUCAAAUGCAGCAAUUCCAGUGACAUAUCAUUAGUGUAACAAGUGUCUGUCUAGUUUGUAGUCAAAUUAUUCAAACUAAAGUGAAUGCAAGAAUAUGAACCCAUACAGGUAAUACAAGUUGUGGGAUCUGAAGCCAAUAUGAUUGAAGUAGAUCAGUAAUAAUCCAGAACCACUAGUACACAUGUCACACUCGCUGACAGUUAAUUGUAGACAACAGUCAAGCAUAAAAAAAAGAAAAAAAAACUAACCCAGCAGCUCGCAAAAUAGUUGUAGAUUUCAAUUAAAUGUAACACGUUAUUCAAAUUAGGGCAACGAUAGAGAAACUAGUGUUACCAGUUGCAACGAGGAAUGCAGUUAACUAGAUAAACUGACUACUAAAUAGUAUAGUGACAGUAGUGUUGAAGUAUUUAAUACUUUCUAUCGAAGAAAUAAAUUUUGCUUUGUCGUGUUA